GACUGAAGUUGCCCACCCCGCUCCCGAUCAAAAAGAGCGUGCGGGACUUCGAAGGGACAUUCAAACUUGAAUUCGUGAGCAACUGCACGAACAUUGUGAAAAGGGGGAAGGGCGGCUGUCCGUGCACUUUCCGGAAAUGACGGAAAUCUAGUCCAGUGCCGCGAAGGCGAUAAUGUCUUACGAUCUGGAGAUCUCCGCGGAGACGGAUACGGAAACCCCCCGCAGAUGGGUAGAGAAUAUAAGGGGGACCCUAAUCUCCUAAAACCAGUUAUUAGGGAAUACCGACCAAAUGAGUCUGUCUGCCGCUUGAUUUCAUAACAGAGCCGUUAUUCCCGGCUGGCAUAGAAGUCUCUCGUGCGGGCGAAGGAGAUGCAUUUCUGGUACUGGUGGUAUUGGACAAGAAAAAAGGGAAUAAUUUCUUUCUUCUUUCUGCCUUUCUUUCCCAUGACGACUAGGAACGGGCAAAUCAAAAAUUUCACUUCGAAUUUCGGACCUCAACAUCCUGCUGCUCAUGGUGUUUCACGAUCAGUAUUGGAAAUGAACGGAGAAGUGGUGGAACGUGCGGAACCACAUAUUGGAUCACUCCAUAGAGGGACUGAGAAAUUAAUAGAGUACAAAACUUAUCUUCAAGCUUUACCUUAUUCUGAUCGUUCAGACUAUGUUUCUACGAUGGCCCAAGAACACGCUCAUUCUUCAGCCGUAGAGAGACUUUUGAAUUGCGAGGUACCAUUACGAGCUCAAUAUAUACGAAUGUUAUUCCGUGAAAUAACUCGAAUUUCAAAUCAUUCACUUGCUUUAACUACUCAUGCUAUGGAUGUGGGAGCAUCAACUCCGUUCCUGUGGGCUUUUGAGGAGCGGGAAAAAUUGUUGGAAUUCUAUGAAAGAGUCUCGGGAGCCAGGAUGCAUGCCAGUUUCAUACGACCAGGUGGAGUGGCACAAGAUCUGCCUCUUGGCUUAUGUCGAGAUAUUGAUUCCUCCACACAACAAUUUGCUUCUCGUAUCGACGAAUUAGAAGAGAUGUCAACCGGCAACCGUAUCUGGAAACAACGAUUAGUGGAUAUUGGUACUGUCACUGCACAGCAAGCAAAGGAUUGGGGAUUCAGUGGUGUAAUGUUAAGAGGUCGUGCGACAUGAAGACAUUGAUAGCAAUAUGGGGGAAGUUCCCAUCAGGCAACAACGGUUCUGCCUGACCCUACUUAAGCAUGCAUAUUAUGUCAGUGAAGACUUGGUGUGAAGCCUUGGAGCUUACGUUAGAAGAGCAAAAGGCCGGGGGCUAGGGUGAGCUGAGGGGGGACAACGUAAGUGAGCGAAUGUGUGUAAGCCCAGUCAAACAUAACUGUUCUAGGCGGGGUGGGCCGCCCACCUUCGAAUGGUGUUGGUCCUACGGACUGUGAACGGAUUCGCCUCUGGCCUCUGGGCACGUCGGAACCGCAUGAGUUCACCGGGGUGGAGCACGGUCCGCCAAAAUCGGCAUAGGUUAGGUGCUAUUGAUGGAACAUGGUAAGCCUAUCUUUCUCCAUAUGGAAGUGCUGCGGGCACAUAGAGAUGUGGGUAGAGGAAGCCUCAAAAAGCGAAGGCCGAGCUGUAGGUCACGUGACUUGCACCGAGUUGGUGGCUGACUGGGCUUUUGAUUUGAUCAAAGCAGAGAAGCUCGCCUUCUUGUUAUCCAAAAGCAAAAGUAGGUCGAAUCGGUCGGGCCCCUGCCCCGGAACGCCGAAUGAAAUAGGUGGCCGGGUUCUUUUUCUACGACCCUUUUUAUAUGGUAGGCCCGGCCCCAGGACCCCUAUCCCUUAUGUUUAGGAGCGGGAUCCGCCCAAGAACGACCUUUCGGUGGUACGGAAGGCAUGGACUCCGCGAACGUCCCUAGCCCCCUUUACUAAUAAGGAAAAGAAAGCCUCAACCAGAACCACAUUCCUUUUGCGUGCGGAUGUAGCUAAGUGUCUGACUCUAUUGGUCAUAGUUUUCUGCUGUUGCGGCCGGUGCUCGUUUGCGCGCGCGUGAACCAACCCAACAAACAAGGAAAGGAUGCCUCUCGGGGCAUCUGAGAAUGAUUCGAGCCGUAUGAAGGGAAACUCUCACGUACAGUUUCUUUUUUUGGGGGGGAAGGAGCCCGACAGGGUCCCCCCACUGACUUGGCCCGGGCCUAAGUGAAAGUGAAGUGGUGGGCCUACCCAUCCCAAC